GAGAGGAUCUGUGAAUUUUAUUGGUGCAGCCAUCAUUGUAUUUUCAAAAAUAUAAACUUGGAAUAGUUACUAUGAACAAAAGGACAUGAAGGAACUCACCUUCUCAGGUAUUUUUAGUUCUCUGAACACUGGGGCUGAAAGGCAUAAUUCCUUUUGAAAUAAUCAUCUCUGAAUAGAAGAUGAAAAUGUGGUUCUUAAUAAGUCAUCUUGUUACAGUGUGUUUCAUCUUCUGCCUGGCAGAGGAUGGAAAAGGAUAUGGCCCAGUUUUUGAGGAGCAACCCAUUGAUACCAUCUACCCUGAGGAAUCUACAGAUGGACAAGUUUCAAUGAACUGCAGAGCUCGAGCAAUCCCUUUUCCAACUUACAAGUGGAAACUAAAUAACUGGGAUAUUGAUUUAACAAAGGAUCGCUACAGUAUCGUGGGAGGUAGACUUCUUAUCAAUAACCCAGAGAAAUCAAAGGAUGCUGGGAAAUAUGUUUGUAUAGCAUCAAACAUCUUUGGAACUGUCCGAAGCACUGAAGCUACUCUAAGUUUUGGAUAUCUUGAUACGUUUCCACCCGAAGAACGCUAUGAGGUGAAAGUUCGGGAGGGUAUUGGAGCAGUGCUUCUUUGCGGGCCUCCUUACCAUUACCCAGAUGAUCUCAGUUAUCGCUGGCUUCUAAAUGAGUUCCCAGUUUUCAUUACUUUGGACAAACGACGAUUUGUGUCACAGACAAAUGGCAAUCUCUACAUUGCAAAUGUAGAAGCAUCAGAUAGAGGCAAUUAUUCAUGUUUUGUGUCCAGUCCUUCAAUCACAAAGAGUGUAUUCAGCAAAUUCAUUCCACUUAUUCCCCAGGCAGUAGACAGAUCUAAAGUAUAUCCAGCUGAUAUCAAGGUUAAGUUCACGGAUACAUAUGCACUCCUGGGGCAAAAUGUGACACUGGAAUGUUUUGCACUUGGGAACCCUGUUCCUGAGAUUAGAUGGAAUAAGUAUCUUGAACCCAUGCCAGCAACUGCUGAGAUAAGCAUGUCUGGUGCAGUUCUCAAGAUCUUAAAUAUUCAGUUUGAAGAUGAAGGAACUUAUGAAUGUGAAGCUGAAAACUAUAAAGGAAAAGAUAAACAUCAGGCAAGAGUUUAUGUUCAAGCAUAUCCCGAAUGGGUAGAACAUAUCAAUGACACAGAGAGAGACAUAGGCAGUGAUUUAUACUGGCCUUGUGUAGCCACAGGCAGGCCUACUCCAACAAUCAGGUGGUUGAAAAAUGGAGUAUCGUUCCGGAGAGGUGAAUUAAGAAUACAAAGCCUGACUGUCGAGGAUGCCGGCAUGUAUCAGUGUAUAGCAGAAAAUGUACAUGGAAUUAUAUACGCAAAUGCUGAGCUGAAGGUUGUGGCUUCACCUCCUAAUUUUGAACUGAACCCAAUGAAGAAGAAGAUCUUGGCUGCUAAAGGAGGCCGUGUAAUAAUUGAAUGCAAGCCUAAAGCUGCUCCUAAACCAAAAUUCUCAUGGAGCAAAGGAACAGAACUGCUCGUAAAUGGGAGCAGGAUAUCUGUUUGGGAUGAUGGUAGCCUGGAAAUUGUUAAUAUCACAAAGCUGGAUCAAGGCAGCUACACGUGUUUUGCAGAAAAUAACCGAGGAAAAGCUAACAGUACUGGUACUCUGGAAAUCACAGAAGCUACAAAGAUUACCUUAGCACCAACUAAUGUUGAUGUCACAGUUGGAGAGAGUGCCACCAUGCAGUGUAUUGCGUCCUAUGAUACCACAUUAGAUCUGACAUUUAUUUGGUCUCUAAAUGGCUACAUGAUAGAUUUUGAAAAAGAGCAUGAUCAUUACGAAAGGAGUGUUAUGAUAAAGAACAAUGGUGAAAUGCGUAUUAAAAAUGUGCAGCUGCAGCAUGCUGGAAGAUACACGUGCACAGCACAGACAAUUGUUGACAACUCCUCAGCUUCAGCUGACCUAGUUGUAAGAGGUCCUCCAGGUCCCCCUGGGGGUUUGAGAAUAGAAGAUAUUAAAGACACUUCUGUAACACUUACUUGGAGUCGUGGGACAGACAAUCAUAGCCCUAUUUCAAAGUACACUAUCCAGUCAAAGACUUUUCUUUCUGAGGAGUGGAAAGAUGCCAAAACAGAUCCCCCAAACAUUGAAGGAAAUAUGGAGACCGCAAAGGUGAUUGAUUUAAUCCCAUGGAUGGAGUAUGAAUUCCGGAUAACAGCAAUGAAUACUUUGGGGACAGGAGAACCUAGUAUGCCAUCACAAAGAAUUAGAACAGAAGGAGCUGCUCCUAAUGUGGCUCCUUCUGAUGUUGGAGGAGGGGGUGGAAGUAACCGAGAGCUGACAAUAACAUGGAUGCCUUUGUCAAGAGAGUACCACUUUGGCAAGAAUUUUGGUUACAUAGUAGCCUUUAAACCAUUUGGUGAAAAGGAAUGGAGAAGAGUUACAGUUACCAAUCCUGAUAUUGGCCGAUAUGUGCACAAAGAUGACUCUCUGCCCCCCUCAACAAAGUUUCAAGUAAAAGUGAAAGCAUUUAACAACAAAGGGGAUGGACCAUUCAGCGUUGUUGCCAUCAUUUAUUCAGCACAAGAUGCUCCUAGUGAACAGCCUAGAAAUGUGAAUGUAAAAGUCUUAUCAUCUUCUGAAAUCUCCGUUUCCUGGGAGCAUGUUUUUGAGCAAUCUGUUGAAGGAUAUCAGAUUCGUUACUGGACUGUUCAUGAUAAAGAAGCCGCUGCGCAGCGGGUGCUAGUGAGCAGUCAGGACUACUCAACCAAACUGGAAAAUUUGAAACCUAGUACCCGGUACCAUGUAGAUGUUUCCGCCUACAAUAGUGCAGGAUAUGGACCACCCAGUGUUGCUGCUGAUAUCAUUACAAGAAAAGCACCUCCAAGCCAACGUCCCAGAAUUAUCAGUACAGUCAGGUCUGGUUCAAUGUACAUCAUCACCUGGGACCAUGUCACGCCAAUGUCAAAUGAAUCUGCUGUUCAAGGAUACAAAGUGCUGUAUAGACCAGAUGGCCAGCAUGAGGGCAAAUUGUAUUCAACUGGCACACAUUCAAUAGAGUUGCCAGUCCCCAGAGAUGGUGAAUAUGUUGUUGAGGUUCGAGCGCACAGUGAAGGAGGAGAUGGAGAAGUAGCUCAAAUAAAAAUUUCAGGUGCUGCUGGAGUAUCACCUGGUCUUCUUGGCUUAUUGCUGCCUGCCAUUGGUGUCCUUGCCUACUUAGAAUUCUGAAUGUCUCCGGAUUUAUCUUGUCCUCAGCCCAGUUUAAAGGACACCCUUCAAACCUGUGAGGACUACUAUUCAUUUAGACUCCUGGCACCAUCUUAAGCCAAAUAAAUUAUACUUUAAAAAAUUACCCUUCUGAUUUACUAUGAACUUUAAGAGGACUGAGGCAUCCAGGAACUCCUCCAUCAAGCGAAUCAACUUUUGAAAGGAUAAGAAAUGAUUUUUAACUUGUUCCGAUAUGCCUUAUAAAACACUUAUGCUGAUUUGUGACAGUUGCAUGAUUUGGUCCAAUGGGGCAAGUUACAGUGUUAAAAUCCAAUAACAUAGGCUGUACAGUGAAAGUAAAAUCACCAUACAUAGGUGCUUUAACUUGAAUAACAAAUUGUGAAAUAUAAUAGAGAUUGAAAUGUUGAUUGUGUGUGGUAAAUAUAAGAGUAAUUAUGUCUGUCUGUACUAUCCUAUAUGUUUUGUGUACUGCAUAUUUUUGAAUGGCCCUACUAUCAUUUAUGAGAUUUCAGGUUGUUAGAGAUACAGUCAAAGCAAAAACAUUGAAUUCAUUUUUAGAGCUUUUUUUUUUUUUGAAGCAAUUGAAUAUACUUUGGGAGCAUUUGAAACUAGGUUCCAUUACAAGGAAUUUUUAUUUUUAGAUGCAUUUGGGAGUUUAAUUUUGAAUAUUAACAGCAACAUUGAAUUAUAAGGAUUUUCCAGCCCUUUACUUCCUAUAACGCAAUAUUUUU